AUGAGUUCGGAAGUUAGGGAAGGUGAGGCCGAGAAGCCUUUGCCGACUGAUUAUGACGAAGGUCGAAAUGACUACGAAACAUCAAAUGCAUCCAAAUUCAAAUUCAAAGCCAAGAAGCGGUCACGCCACAAUGAAGAUGGUAAUGAGGGUGGAGAUGAAUCGAUGCACAGGAGUCGGCGGGAUGGUGAAAGGCAUCAUCGAAGUCAACAUAGAAGCAAACGACAUAGACGGCAGGCAUCGCCGGUGAAAGAUGACCCUGCGUUAUACGACGACACAUAUCUUCCAAAUUCAUCCUCGAGUCAGUAUGUCGAUCCAGAAGUUGCAUUCCGAGAGAGUCUCUUCGACGCCAUGGCGGAUGAUGAGGGAGCCCAAUUUUGGGAGGGCGUCUACGGUCAACCAAUUCACCAAUAUCCAGAUGUAAAAGAGGGGCCUACUGGCGAAUUAGAGCGCAUGACAGACGAUGAAUAUGCAGCGCAUGUGCGGGCAAAGAUGUAUGAGAAAACACAUCAGCAUCUGAUUGAGGAGAAAGCCCGGCGGGAAGCUGCGAAGAAGGAGAGGGCUCGGUUGGAAAGAGAAGGCCGAAAGGAGGAAGAAGAGGCUAAGAGAUUCCGACAAAAGGUUGAAGAUAGUUUGAGAAGAGGUGAGGAAAGGAAGAAUAGAAAGGUCUGGGCUGAAAAAUGGGAUGCCUAUAUCAGCAAGUGGAAUGAAUUAAGCAAAGCCGGGGGUGCCACAGUGGCUGUCGCAUCUAUACCAUGGCCGGUGGAAAGCGGAAAGAAGAGAGACAUCAAUUUUAAGGAGAUUGAACGAUUCUUUCUCUAUGCGCCAACAUCUGGACAACCUACUGAAGCAGAGCUGGGCAGAAUCUUGAAGCUGGAACGAAUCCGUUGGCAUCCAGACAAGAUACAGCAAAAGCUGGGAGGGCAAGACGUCGACGAAGAUGUGAUGCAAGCAGUUACCAUGGUGUUCCAGUUGAUUGAUCGCAUGUGGUCGGAGAUUAGGGUAAAGAAGUGA